UGUGUGUGUGUGUGUGUGCUAGUGUUUAACAACACUAGCUAUGUUAUGUUCUAUAUUAGCGUCCAUACGAAUCUACGUAAUCAUUAUUGCGGGUCUCUCCAUCUGAAGGACGAAGAUAAAGAGAAAAAAAUGGCUGACGACGAUUUGGAAGCGAUUCGAGCUCGACGCAUGGCGGAACUCCAGAAUCAGUAUGGGGGUCCUGGCGGUGGUCCAUCUCAAGAAGAAGCUGAGCAGAAACAGAGACAGGCAGUGGAGAUGAAGAAUUCCAUUCUCAGUCAGGUGCUGGACCAGUCAGCCAGGGCACGGUUGAACACAAUAGCUGUAGCCAAGGCUGACAAGGCUCAAAUGGUAGAAAACAUGCUGAUUCAGAUGGCACGGACUGGACAAAUACAACAAAAGCUAACUGAAGACCAGCUGAUUAGUUUGUUGUCGCGGGUUAGUGAGCAGACUCAGAAGAAGACUACUGUGAAGUUUGAUAGGCGUAGAUUUCAGAUCGAUUCGGAUGAAGACUGAUGGCGUUGUUACUUGUAUGAAAGUCGACAAUACCUCCCAGCUUUUCAGUCAGCAAGGGACAGAACUGUGGAUGAAGGAAUGUUUUAUUUGAUUCCAGAACAGUUUGAUUGUACAGUGUGUGAUAUUAAUACUAUUUAAUGGAGGAAUUAAUCAAAUUCACGUCACAUGGGAUGUUCUAAGUGUCUGUCUGAGUGUGGUAUCAACCGGCUGCGACCGAAUAACUGUGAUACAUUUCCAUAGCUAUAACAAUAGAGUAUGGCACAAUAGGUAUCAUUGUUUUGUUUGUAAAUAGUGCUAACUGCAUGCAGGAAAUUGUUUUCCGUUUAUGCAGUGAAAAAAGUGAUGCCAAUAGGUAAAAAUUCAUAUAGUUUCAAAGUCAACUCCUGAAAGUGCCUUUGACAAUCGGCAGUUUCGUGGAGUUUUUUGUUCUCUAUGACACUUCUUUUUUUUUUUUGCUGUGGAGUAUAUUUUUUUAUGCAGCAUGUUUUUUUUUUGUAGUAGACAUAAAAUAAAACAAUAAAUGAAUAGGCAUAUUGAAGUUAUUAGUUUAAGUUGGUCAGAGGGGAGUAUUUUGUACUUGAGUGAGUGUAAUGAAUUUUGUUUUGCCAAAUAUUUAUAUUUCAAAUUUGGUUAAUAGCUAAGUAUAUGAACAAUGUAAUAUUUAGUGUCAGUUGGUAGGAAAGUAGAGAGCGAAUGUGACUCAACUACUCAUUAGAGUAACGUCGGGGCUCGAAAUGCACGUACAUGUAGGAAGUCAAAGUUUGUCUGCUGUUAUUAAUAAUAUUAUUAUUUUUAAAUAGCAGUUCAAAAGAAAUAUGUCCCUCUAACAAAACAUGGCUUGCUGGAAAUAAGACAGCAUGAGGUGAGAGGAAGGUUUGGGACAGUGUGUGCAAAACUAAGACCUGAAUUAUGAGCUAACUAGUAGAUGAGAUCAUCAUUUUGGUGCUGUUAGCAAGUGAAUUUCUGUUACCUGCUAAGUCUAAAAAUGGACUGAUAUUUGGCUUCUCACAGGCCCCAAUUUCGAGCCCUGACAGGUUUCAUGAAGGUCAGGUCAGGUCAGGUCAUGGGUUUUACAUGCACAUUCAGAACAAGCUGUUGUAGCGCACACCUAUCAUGGGCACAAGACAGGAAGUGUGGGGGGGGGGGAGAGAGGAGGGUCCGCCUGCACUGGCAGGUGCAAGGGAGCAGGCGGAGGGUGGUGGUGGUGGUGCUAUGGAAUUUUGAAUGGAGCAGUUAAUAUGCCAAAGGGAAAAGGUGCGCAAUUUUGAUUGAGGAAUUUGGGCGCAAUUUUGAAUGGUCGGUCAAAAGGAGAAUCGAGAGUAGCUUGUUAAUUAAACCUCUGUGAUGCUGUAGUGUCUCCCUAGGUUGCCCAUAGGGCCCUUAGAAAGGGCCUUACCUCUUCUGGUCGUGGCAUGACAACCCGGGUUUUGUCCAGGUGUUGAUGAAGUGGUCCACGGCGUCCUCCUUGUUAAGACUACCAGCAGCAAGUAUUUGGGGGUUGGAUAGGGUAGACGGGUAUUCUUUUGUCCAGCUUCCCCUGGGUGCAGUGCAAUUGUGUACUCGGAACCGGUAUUCUUUUGUCCGGCUCCUUUUUAGAGUAUGUGCUGGGCCAUUAAAUGGGGGGCGGGUGCAUUGUUAUCAUUAGUCAAUGCACCCUAUGUACUGAUGCAGUCUGCGUGCUGUCUGUGAAUCCUAACUUCAUGUUAAGGUUGUACCUAUUGUCCUAAGUCCCUUUUCUAGUGAACUCAACGGCCAUUCAGGACCACCCCUCCCCCUCUGUCUUUGUAUAAUAAUGGAAUACAAUGACAGGGGGAGUUAUACUAGCCUAGCUAUCUAAUUUGGAGGGUUUUACCCGUAUAGUGUAGGUAUUGGUUAAAAAGCCUGUUGCUUAGCAUACUUAAUUUUAUUACCAAUGAAACAAUGAACACUCUCAAGGGAGUCAACUGUUAGUAGGAGGAAGUAGUAUGAAACAACUGUAUACUUGUACUAGGUUGAAGAAGGUUUUGAUUCCCGCCCCCUAAAGAUUUAUUAUUACUAAGUUAUUCUUAUAUCAAAUAAUAUCUUAUUAAGUAAGCUUACAUGAGGUCUUGUCUGGUUAUGUGGGUAGUUGGUUAUCAGGUUUUCUUAUCUGUCUCUGGCAGACUCUGCUUCUGGAACCCUAGGUGGCUCACCUUAUGUAGCUAGAAUUGAACUUGUCAUUGGUAAUACAUGGUGUGAGUGCAAAGGCAAAAUCAUGAAGUUUAUUUACAGUUAUGUGCAGUUGAUGGGCUUGAUCCGUGAUUGGCUGGUUGUUUCAUGAAGUGGCUGGAUAGGCUUAUAUAGUAUAGAAGCAACUGUUCAAAAUUCGAUGGAACAUAUUGUGAUUGGUAGUUGUUGGAUUCAGCAAAACUGUGGUUGUCAUUGAGAUGAUUUAAAAAAAACCCAUAAAAUAUUGUGAACCAAUAUAACUUAAUUAUGCUGUAAUACAUAUUCACCCUUUUGUCAAAGCUGACAAAUUGUUCCAGUUUCGACAUUUGAGAUUGAAGACCUAAUCUGUUUGGUUAUACAAUGACAGGUACAUGUCCUUGCCAUUUAUGUUAUCUGGUGCUUCUUCAGUUAAGAAUAUGAGAGACCUUAGGGUUUAUUAGGCCCAAUUCAGGGCUCGAAACUAACAAUUUAUUACCUAUGGCAAUUUUGAAAUGUUUUUGUCAAAGGCAAAAUGCUCUCCUACUGCAAUUUUGAGCCUGCCCACAGCAAUUUUAAACCAGUACCUUUUGCAACAAAUAAACAAAAUUAAAAGCCUAAAAGUAUGCCUAGGUAGAGCCCAUAAUCAUCUUUGACAUUUCAUACUUCAGCUAUGGCAAUUUAUCAUCCAUUAAAGGCUUUUCUAGGAGAUAUCGCUGGCACUAUAAUUUGUGAUAUCUCCUGUGAUAUUCUCCUAGGAGAUAUCGCUUCUUUUGUUACGCCACAUUACGUUUCAGCACUAAACCUAUCAUUAGUGACAUCACGCCACUGUCGUUCUACUAGUUAAUGAGUCUACUGCUGCCAAAUAAAGUGACAUUCAACCCACAUUACUGACAUUGUUUACAGUUGUCACAAAGAAUGAUAAUGGAUGAUAUAAAGAACACCUCCCUCGUGUCUUGUGAUAUCAUAAUAUAUCGGCACUCGUUGAUAAAACUAUAAAAAUCCUUGGCAAGCCUUGGAUUUCAUACUUUUAUCAACUGGUGCUGAUAAAUUAUGAUAUCACAAGAUGCUCGGGGAGUAUCCUGUAUUGCUCUCGCUGCCACUGUUAAGUUCAAGCUGUGUAAUUAUUCAUGAAUAGCUGGUUGGUCAGUGAAUAUUGUUUGUCAGGAUAUCUUAAGCAGCAUUUUCAUCCUGUAAUUAGUCGCAUGUGAUUUGUCAUAGUGACUAAUCGUAUGUGUAUAAGACUGUUUAAAAUCUUCCGAUUUAGGUGUUCUCACAUUACGAUUAGGAACGCCUUUUUCCAUACUAUGGAAUUUACUACAAGUUAUUUAUUUCUGAACCGAUUAGCAAGUUAUUUAUUUCUGAACCAGUUGUUUUCUAAAUUGCACACAAAAAUUGUAUUUAAAAAAAAAAAAUUCCAAAGCACUUUUACUUUUCUUGUUACAUUGGAGUAAACUGAAAUUAUUUUCACAAAAAAACUAUAUUUUUGUAGGAGGAUGGGACAGACUACAGCUGAAUACUUCCUUACAUUACACCCAGUAUGUCUCUUAGGAAAUUGUAUCUACAGGUAUAUCAUUUGAAAAGGUCCUAGGGCAGACAUGAUCCUCCCCACACCUCCCCUCGCCCUGUCCACCUUGUUAUGGGCUACAUAUAUGUACCUGCUUAUCGUGUAUGUCUAGUUCCAUGUUCAGCCAUUGUUCUAACGUAAUCUCACAAAACAGGCAGAAUACUGGUUUAUAUAGUUUGAAAAAUAUAUAUAUAUAGACAUAUUUUUAGUCCCUUACCAGUACAACCGGAGGGGACUAUAGAAGAUACAGAAAUUUGCUUUCUUUGACUUGUUUUCCCCCAAUGCCUCAAGAUAUUGAGCUGAAAGUUUGUGUUUGGCUUUACAAUGUACUAUUGCAGAUCAAGUUUGACAUUUAUGGCAAUUUAUUCAUUUUUCACAGAGUUGGGGCCCUUGAACUUAGGAGAUAUGAAAAACUAAAUUUCAGGACUUUUGUUUUUCCAAUCCUGAAGAUAUAAUGAUGAAAUUUUAUAUAUUGCUAUAAAAUUUGAUGUACUGUUAGUUUAAAUUUAAAUUUCAAUGUGAUUGAACUUAGGAGAUACAAAAACAAAACAUUGUUGGGCCAGUUAGGGGACAUGUAUUGUUUUAGUAGUACUCUCUGAAUGCUUGUAGUUUUUGUUGUUGUGAUAUUUCCAAUAUGUGAGGCAUGAUCAGGAGGACCAUUUAUGAGCAUGUCAUUAUUUUACUACACAUGUAUAACAGUAAUAGGCUGUUUCACAAAGUGGGUGAAUAGGCUAAUCAAGAAAAUACAAAAUUUAUCAUUACAACAACAUGUCGUAUUUUGAUUGGUAGUUUUAGAAUUCAGCAAGACCCUAUUAUAUCAGUUAUUAGUGAUUUCACUUUUUAAGUACAUCAAGUAUUGAGAACCAUAUUACUUAAUUAGGCUAGAUUGCAUAUUCACCCUUUUGUCAAAGAGCUAGACUGGUUUUUUUUUUGUGUGCCUAAUGUUAGAUGAAUGUGAUAUGUCAGAAGAUGACAGGGUACCAGUGAAAUUGUCCGCAAGCACUCAACCCUCUGAACACAACAUUGAGUACAGCAAGCAUUGUUUGAUUUGGCAAUUUGAUCAAUUAACAAAGUUCAAGAUCCAUGAUUGAGUAGAAUCAUGUACAAUACAGAGUUACUUCCCUUCUAGUUUUGUGGGCUUGGAUGUAUUAAUAAACAAGUUAACAAUUAAAUUUAGUUUAUAUUUCCUCUUUAUUCAAAGGCUGACAACAGGUUAUACAUGUAUUUAACACACAACUGAUGCAGACGUAAUUAAAUUUAGUUUAUAUUUCCUCUUUAUUCAAAGGCUGACAACAGGUUAUACAUGUAUUUAACACACAACUGAUGCAGACGUAAUGUGCUAUUUAAUACCAUUUAGGCCUACUUGCAAAUAAAAUACAGUUUGGAAAUAUAUAUAAAACAGUACCGUAUUUUAUAUUACAAAAGUUUAUUUUUUUCUUCGUUUUCAUUUAUUAAUACUUAAAACCCCACCUACACUUCAAAUUUAUCUUCCAUUUAUUGUUUAUUAGUGUUAAUAUAGUAAACAAGAAACACCCACCCCAACAUCUCAGAUUUAUUUAGUAUGAAGCAGCAAACAAAUUUAUUUUCCCCCCAAACAUAAUAUACAGUGGACACACAAAUUUCUUUGGGAACUACUUGUGUUCAUUGAAAAUCCCAGACGUGUAUAGUUCAUAUGGUGAACCCUGUACUUCUGUGCUCUCCAUUAUUUUUUUUAUUAUUGUGAAAUAAAUUUCCUAAUAAAAUUA